AUGGCACACCCAAUUCUCUCUCGUCCUCUCUUCUUAACCCCCCGAAGAUCCCUCAUCUCUCUCUCCUCCUGUCCAUCCAAAUCCCGUCGACUCCAUCUUCUGUGUCCCGCAAUCACCACUCCGACUCCGCCUACCACCAAAACUCCCCGUCAACGACAAUCCCUCUCUAGGAAAGGAGAACUACAUCCCCGCCCCUAUCAUUCCCAACAUCAUCCAGACCCCCCAGUACAUGGAUACACCAAUUCGCAAACAGCCAUCCUCUCCGCAGCUCUGCAUCACAUCCCCCGUCAUGGCUUCACCCGCGACGCUUUGACGCUCGGCGUUCGUGACGCCGGCUUUCUCGACGUCUCCAUUCAAUUGUUCCCCCGCGCCGAGUUCGAUCUCAUCCUGUUCUGGCUGGCUAGUCGGCGGGGAUUGUUGCGCGCCAGCGUCGAUGACGGGCUCUUGGAUUCGAAUGGCUCCGUGGAUGAGAAGAUUAAAGUCUUGAUUCUGGAACGGCUACGUAUGAAUUUGGAGGUUAGACAUCAAUGGCAAGAUGCUCUCGCUCUCAUGUCCCUCCCCUCGAAUAUUCCCCUCUCCCUUUCCGAACUCCACGCCUUAUCUGACGAUAUCCUGCAUCUCGCUGGGGAUCGCUCCGUCGAUCAGUCAUGGUAUACCAGGCGAUUGGCGGUGUCGGCGGUCUAUGCCUCCGCGGAGGUUGUCAUGACGCGCGACUCUGGGUCCGAUUUUGCGACGACCGAGGCGUUCGUCGAUCGCCGUCUGGAGGAUACCAAGGCCAUUGGUGAUAAGUUGAGUUGCAUGAAACAGUGUCUGGGAUUUAUGGGGUCGACGGCGGUCGGACUGGGGAGGAGUUGGGGGUUGAAGAUUUGA